AUGCCGAGCCACAAGACGUUCCGCACCAAGCAGAAGCUUGCCAAGGCGCAGAAGCAGAACCGCCCUGUGCCCCAGUGGAUUCGCCUCCGUACUGGAAACACCAUCCGGUCCGUCCCUUUCCCCUUUCUCCAGAUCUACAACGCCAAGCGUAGGCAUUGGCGCAAGACCCGCAUUGGCAUCUAA